AUGGCGUCCACGAGUGAAGCGGGAGCGUCCGGAGUGAAAGAAAAAAGAAGUCGGAAGAGGAAAAGGGGAGGGAUUCUUGGUUUUAAAUCUCCUUCGUCCUCUACACCUGCUAUCAUCUCUCAAGCGCCGAGAGCAAUUAACGCCGCUGAAUUCGCCGAGGCUCGCGCACUGGAAAUCAGCAACAUGGUGGAGGCCAUUAAGGAAGCUGACGGUUUGAGCGGCAAGCGUUUGUUUCAAACACUUCCCAAACACAUGAGGAGACGAGCAAUGAGUCAUAAUAUCAAGCGAAUACCAUCUCGGCUACGCCAAAGAGCUUCCUUUGAGGUUAAAAAUGAAUUCAUAAUGUUAGCAAAAAAUGGCACGUGGUGUGUGUGGGAAUGUGCGCUGGUACAUUGGGAUGUACCAUUAUCAACUCCCAAGCAUUACCCCCCUCCCCUUAAAGAUGGCUGGAAUUGAAACCCUCGAUUUUUUGUCGGUGCCUGUUGGAAAUGGAAAUCUGAAGGGAGGGUUAAUUUUAUGUUGACACUUUUGGAAGAAAAAGUGUCCACAUUUUGACAGGUUGUUUGUGGUGGGUGGGGAAGAGGGAGUGGGGGGAGGGAGGGAGAGAUUGCAGGUUAAGUGGAACGUCUAAUACGUAAGGCGACAUUUUUUCAUUAUUUAACAAUUAAUGAAUGAGGCUGACUAUCUUAUGAAGAAUUAUGGAGAUUGAUGAGAGUGUUAUGGCCUCGACGGAUAACACCCUCCGAGGUCUCCAUAAUUCUUCAUAAGAUACGAAAGCCGAAUUCAAUAAUUGUUUUAUCAUUCAUUCAUAAUAAUUCCUAGUUUAAAAACAAAGCUAAAAUGUGCUUACCUCCAUCAGGAGCCGAUCACCUCCAUCGAUGUUAAGUUCACCUUCGAUAGCAAGCAAAUAUACCAUUGAAUUGAUGGUAUAAUAUUAUUGCAGGCAUCUUCUAAGUCUGGUCAGUGCUGGCUAGUUGUAAAGAAUUACCUAAGGGAUUUAAGAUAAUCAGAAACGGUGAAAUAUUUUGAGUAAAUAAUGAAAGUAGUUAGACAUUUUAGUUUUCUCCAAAAGGUAGCAAAAACCUGCCAUCUCACAACACUGACACUGAUCCGGCUUGGGUGGGAUGCAAAAGAUCCACACUGCUGUUCUAACACUGUAUAGACCCAAGUAGUGUAGUCAACUGUUUGUUGAUUGGGUGGGUAAAAGGGGCUGUUGUUAAUUUGAGUUUCAAGCGAAGGUAAACAAGUAAAGAGUCUACUGUAUAUUUCGUGUUGGUAGCUUGAAAUACUAAUCAUCUGAGCAACAAACUUGAGGCUGACAGUGUGCUCAUUUUGCCUCUCCCCCCUGUCCAUCAGUACCAAAUUUUACAGGUAUUUAAAGUUAUUUAAUGGUACAAUGAUUAUAGCGAAAGGGAAGAAGGUGGCACAGAGGUUACGCACCAAGAAUUAUUAACAGUACUUUUAAGUUUUCAAGGAGAUAAGUACAUGUAGUUUUUCUUCUUCCUUUAGAUGAAUAAACAAGAUCACAAGACUUCGGAAGUUCCAAAGAAGAAAAGCAGGCACUAUCGUCGAAAACCUAGAAACUUGAUGCAAGAGUACACUCGACGCCAGCGUGAGCAUGUCUGGCUUGAGACCCAUAUUUGGCAUGCCAAGAGAAUGAAAAUGAUUGAUGCAUGGGGCUACAGGCUGGCAGAUCAUCCAAAUGAUAAAGGAUUUAGAGCAGCAUAUAGGGCUGUAAAGAACAACUGUAUGUUACAGGUAUAGCUGUAAGUGUAAUUACAAAAAGUAUGCUUAAUGUGCAUCUGCUGGCCUUGGUGAAACAGGAGCAUUUUCUACAUGGAGCACCUUGUGAAAAGAGUAAAGCUAACAAAAUGUGGAUAAAGGGCUGUCUCAGAAGGAGUCUGACACAAAUUUCUUCCUCAUUUGCAUGCCACUGAGUGUCGGAAUGAUAUUUAUUUUGUGUUUCUUUACUGGUAGGACAUUUCAUAUUAUGGAUGUAUUGAAGUUUGUGGUGCUAAGAGCCAGAUUAUUCAAGCUAUGGGUCACUUAACAAGCCAAGAAGCAGGUAUCUUUAAAUUAUAACUGCACUCAAUUUCUCAACAAAACUUUAAAGGCGGCUCUUCAUCUGCAAAAAAUGAACCAUGAAUGAAAACAUAAGGCGUUAAAAAAAUGCUUAGUUUUUUCAGCCCUAUAUUCCUUUAAAGCUGCUAUUUAGAAGGGUCGCUCUUAAUAACUUCAUUCUGCAGACUCAGAAGUUAGAACCAUCUUGUGUAGCUUAAAAUUAAUGUGAUUAAAAUUAUCAAGCAGAUCAAGGCACUGAAGAGUCACUGACCCAUAGGGAGUUCAUUCACAAAUUUGUUAGUGUUUUUUGUACAAGCAUAGUGAACUUACUGCAGUACAGUUAUCUUUCGGGUGUUAAAUCUUUUUCAUGCAGUUGAUGUAGUUAGCAUCAUUCAUCUUCUGUCGAUAUAAUUUUUGUUAGAAAAUUUCAAAGUCACUACAUGUAGCUCUCAGCUAGCAUGAUAUGUUUGUGGUAAGAGCACUACAUCAGUAUCACAUAUCUCAUGAGCCUGAAUCCCUUUCAAGCAUGUUUUUUUCAGGCUUUCUUUUCACAGCUGCAUAAGAUGUGUACAUACACUCUUACUACUGAACCGCAAUGAUUCUUUUGUUAAAUCUUUCUCCAGUAUCUCAAACAUAAUAUGAAGUUUCAUCUAUGUAUUAUGCUGUGUUAUUUUUUUGUCUCUUAGGACUAACUUUUGCUGCUAAAUACUAUUUAAAUGGAAGACGCCAAGGGAAUGCUGUUCUAUACAAGUUUGAUCAAUACCCCCAAGGAGCAAUUGGCCCUAUUUCUUUUCUCUGGAGGCAAAGAAAAAGCUCCGAUACUGAAGCCAACGUAGACACAUCACAAUUGGAAAUAGAAGAAGGAACCGUCAAUGAAAACACUUUUGAUGGUCACUGUGACAUUUCUCAACUGUGGAUUUGGUCUCAUCCUGCAAGUUUUAACUCAGUAUUUGAUUCCAUAACUGAAGCUUGCUCAUAUGUAGGGAGUUGUGUGGUUGAAACGGAUUCCAAAUUUCCUGGAGCUGCCAAGAUUAACUCUAAUGUUAACUCAGACCAACCCAACGGUGAUAAUAUUCAGCUGUUGAAUGGUAUUGAACAUUGCGAGAUAAAGGUUGUCUCUCGUCGAUUUGAUUUGCUUCGUUUUCGUCUGACGGGACCACAAUCACAUGCCGUUCUCACAUCUGCAAUUACACCAGCUCUUGAUUCAGGUAAAAAAACACCUCCAGAAAAAAUUGUCAAUCAAGAUUCAGGAGCCCUUUGCAACAACAAGAAUCUCAACAUUUCUUUAAAAUGGUGGCAAAGGCUGCAAGGGAGUUCAACCAAAUUAUCAUCUCAAAAUGAACUAUGGAGCAGACUAAAGCAAGCCAGCUCAUCCUCAGUACUACCCCCAGGGUGUGUCUUUGGUCUUACUGUGCUGGAUCCACGCCUGAAUCUUCCUGUAAAGAAGAUAAGCAUUAGAAGUGUGGCUGGAGGAAUCCAUUCUGGUAAGACAAUACUCAAAAGUUUAGCUACCCCUUCACUGAUCUCGUGGGCCUAGGGGAUUUAUUGACUGCUAGCUAAUGAAGGUGGAGUGGGUAAAUGAGAAGUUAGACGUUUCUUUCUGUUUUUUUUUUUUCUCUUGUGUUUGCAAAAUUCGUGGACAAAGAAAAUGAACAUCAGUGGACAGGCUAAAAGAUUAUUUUAGAUGCUGCAUUUUACUUUCAGACAUUCACUCGCUCUUUACAUGUAUGUUUAUUAUAAACUUUUUCUAAUAAGUAAGAUCUUUUGUAGGCCUUCUUGUUUUUCCUGAUCAGCAUUGUCACAUUGCUUCUUACAGUUAUUGUGGGAACAAGCAAAAAGGAGAAGGAGACUAUUCCUUCUCCGCUCCUGUUUGGCCCUUGUUACACCUGACUCCCUAAACUGACUGGAAAGUGACUCUGUCAGUUAAGGCCCUGGCUCGGAGAACCAACCUUAACAUAACAAAAUAAUGAAGACAGAUUGUUGUAAACAUUAGACGAUGAAAAUAUAUAUUCGAUUGAGGUCGCCUUUUUUAAACCGCUAUAAUUGAAAUCAAAAGUUGAAAUCCGAGGUUCACUGAUCUACGGCAUCAUCAGGGUGAACACUUCUCCUUUAAUUCCUUGCCCUAACAUUUUUUUAUCUUGCCAACCACAACAGCUUCAUCUGGGACAUGGGCAGAUGAAGGAUGGGACAGCGAUCAGACAACGCCUCAACUUUUGCCCCCAGCGGCGGAGUUGUCCCUUUUGUAAACGGUCACUGCUAUCUUUACGACACUUAAAAAAGUUUUGACCUGUUAUUGAGAGUGUUUCUAUGAAAAAGAAAGAUCGCAUCCUUGGCUCAAACUAGGCCUCGAACCCGGACCCCUCGUAUCCUAAGAGGCUGAUUUAGCAACAGACCAGGAACAUCAGUUGACAACGGUGCGCGCAAAUGAAACAACUGGCUUGACCAAUGGCAGAGCGGCAAAUUGGGCACCGGAAGUCGUGUUUAGUCCUUUUCGCACGCUUUCCCGUCGCCACUUGACGUUCCCGUCCUGUUGCUAAAACAGCCUAAUCUCUCUCCCUUACCACUACACUACCCCACCAACCCGCCAAAAUUUCCAAAAAUUAAAGUACAUGCACUAGCAAACUGUCUGUCUUAACUGUUACAUCAAUAACAGGUGACCAGGGUUUUCAACAGUUUUUGAAGUAGGAGUUGCAUUUAUUUGAGAAGGAGUUGCAAGGCCCGGAGGGCCUUGCUCUCUAGGGGGGUCUGGGGGCAUGCCCCCCCAGGAAAUUUUUAAUUUCUAGACUCUUGGAGACGCAUUUUCCCGCAUUUUGAGACGCAAAACUAGCAAAUUUUAGAUAUCGAAAAUACUGAUAAAUUUUGAUGCUUUUAGUAACUUUAACCACAAUAUUAGGGUACCCUUUAACCACAAUCAAGGUUUUUAUGUGGCAUAUUGUUGUAAGUUAAUAUUUAAUGUUAAGAUUUGGAUUUUAAGGCUUUAGUAUGUUAGUCAUUGUAUAGGAAUUUAUUGUACCUGAUGAUUUUUUUUUACCGUGUAUAAAUAAUGAUUAAAGAUUAGAUUAAAGAUUAAAGAUUAGUACAUAAUUUGGGUUGAAAACUGUAAAAGUGAUUAAGAAACAGCGAAGGUAAUUGAAUUUUCAAUAACCAACAAAAGCUACUUGUGUAUACUUUGUUCAUGUAGACCCAUGUACUUGGAUAGCUGUUUGUCCAGUCUAGACAGAAGCAUUUUUUCUGGGCCUUCUCUUGAUGCCUGGAAAAGGCUCAAAAACAUACUAAAGCUAUACACGAACUGUUUUAAACUCAAACAAAAUUUACGAUUUUGAAUAUCCUUAUUACUUAUCGAUCACAAACACCGUUCAGUCCUACUACAUCAUUCAAUUGAAGUGAAAUAUGCAGAAAUAUGGUAGUAUCUACAAGUCGAAACAUGGAGAUUCUUUGUCUUCUGAGAAAAAGACUUUUAGUCAGAAAAGUCCUCACUAUCAUCGUCAUCAUCCUCCCAUCCACUGUCAUGUGCUUCACUGUCGUCCGAUUCGCCAUGCUCUUCAUCUAGGCAGAAGACUUUUGCUACCACUUCUUCUUGUUCUUUCUCCUCAAUUUGAACUAUUUCCUCUUCCGUUUGCGUACCGGCAUCUGCUUGGGUAAUCUUCGGGAAAACAUUACAUUAUUACCUGCAGCAUCCUUUUUCUUUUUCUUGUUUGUCACUGUCAGCGACCACAUCUCCCGUAAACCACGCUGUCGCUUUUCUGCCAUUUUACCGUGUUCUUGGAGACGAAAUGUGGCGGUUUAUAUAGAGUGGCUUCAGAAACCGCUAACUACAAUGUUCCCUGUAACUGAGACCCAGUCUUCGAGUCGUCCUCAACGUUUACUCAACGUAUUACGCAGAGAACGUAUUUUAAAAGCAGACUCAAGCGAUGUUUUGGCGAAAUUCUCCAGAAAAAUUUCAAGUUUGCUUGCUCGCAACAGCUUUGUGAACACUUACCACUUUUUAUCAAAAGUUUUAUUUAUCAUAUAAUUUACCGAAGGGAAAGUAGGCGUCGCAAAUCAAAAAGUUGCCGUCGGAUGCGACGGCCGACGGCUGAUUUUGAAAACACUGGUGACCCUAGCCCUUUCCAUAAUUUUUAACGUAAAUUCAACUUGGACUCCAACGUCGUUCUUUCUAAAACUAUUCGAAAACGUAUUUUUUGCCUUUUUGUAACUCAAUCCAGGGAAUAUAUUACAUCUAUCACGAGUAAAGGCUUGGUUACUAAUGUUGGCAACGACCGUUUACGAAAGGGAAAUGGGCCGCAACGGCAUCAACGUCGAUUUCAAAUUAAUUUUUACAAAUUCUCGCGCACGCAUUUUUAAUAUAAGAUGUGCACAAAGAUACGCGCGUGCAAUGUCAUUAAACAUUUUAUUCCGGUAAACGCCUUGUUUGAUUUUGCCAGUAACAUUUGCCAUGACUGAUGAAGGGGCUUUUCUAAAACUUAACUAAAUACUCUUUGAACAGACGAUUGCCCUUUAAUACCUUUAUUUCUGUUGCAGACAAUUCAGACUCCGGUGAUGAAACAGAUUUCACUUUAGACGAAACUGUUAAUACCUUACAAAAAAGGAAACCGGCACCAUUUGAGCAAAUACUAUCCCACUGGCCAAAUGAUGUCGCGAACUCGCCUAUUUGGGACGCGUCAGUUCGUCUUGAGGUCAAGGAAAGUAAAAUACCUGAGCAGGAACUGAAUCGAAAGAGAUCUGAGCUGCUAGUACCAGGUUCCCGACUGAAGUUAAGCGAAAAUGAAAUUUCCCAUAUUCCUUUGCUUCUUAUACAGCAACCUGGCUGCUCUGGUGAGUGAAUUCUAAUUAAUUUAGUUUCAAAAACUUUUGUUUUCUUUGCGAAGAAGAUUUUUAUGUGUUAGAAAUAACGUAUAUAUUGAUGUGAUUUAAGGUCAUUUUUUCUCGGUAGUAGAAUGCCAAGUUCUCUAAUACGUAGUAAACCACAACAUUGUAAAUUCAGGUAUCAUUGCUCCGCCCAAUUUUCUAAUUAAAUUUCUAAUGGUUUCAUACAUAAGUAAUGAUGCCCACCUUGGCGACAGAAAUGCAGUCUUCAAGACUGAAGCGUACACAGUCUCCAUCAUAGUCAUUGAAAAGUCAGUGCGUGUGUGACGAUGAUACUAAAAUUUGUGGUCGGUCAAUUAAUUUUCCUUGCCCUUUUAAUAAACUCGCGGGAAAGGCCAGUGAUUUCAGAUUGAAUGAGUCCCAGUUAACUUGUGUCAACAUACAGACUUUAGAUUUUCGUUAUUUUACUUAAAGAUGCUCAUUACAAUAUAUUUCAACUGCAAACAGAAAAAAUUGUAACAAUAGGCUAAAGGAAGGUGCUUCUUUUUUUAAUGUUUUAGAGAAUGACAGAGGUACCCUUAUUAACAAUGGAUACGGCAGUGGAUGGGACAUAAUUCUCCCUUCCGGAUGGGCCAUGGCGUUUUGGAUGGCCCUUGUUUACCGUGGUGCUAGAACUGGGGGACUGCAAGAGAGUCAAACUUCAGCCCUUGAGCUUGGAGUACCAUUUUUCCCAAAUGACUUUCCGGACACACCAGCCGGGGAAGCGUACAACAUCAAGUUAAAAGAUGAUGGUGAAGCCCAAUAUAAGCGAUAUCCGCCUUCAAAGAGGCCAAACUAUGAGAGGUUAGGUGUAAAAUCUCCGUUCAGUCCACCAUGGAGAGAGCUUGUCAAAGAUUGGCAUUCUUUGAACAAACCAUCUACCAUUGUAGGGGAGCUGAGUAAUAAGACAAGCGAUUCCACUAGAAUUGAUCAGUCUGUUGGUGAUUCUGCUCAGAUGGACGUCUCUGUUGUCCAGACUCUUCAGUUAUCAAGCAGUUUGACUGACGAUUCUAUUGUUAACCCUGAAACUGAUAUUACGUCCAGUGACUCUUCUCAAGGUGUUUCUAGUGACCAGUCUUUGGUCAAAUCAUCCCUGUCUGAAGAUGCACAGACUAGAAUCACUUGUGAUUCCACCAAAACCACUGGCAUUGAAAAUAACUCCAAUCAAACAACUGGCAAGACUGUGCAACCUUUCUACGUUUUACGAUCUCGCACUAAGCUAUCUGCUCUACGAUGCUACACUUUACGACAUAAACAGAAGCGAAUGGCAGAUUCAAAACAAAGUAAGGCGACAAAUAAUCCUUCCAAGCCUUUGGACGAAUCCAAGUUAUCUUCUAUUGUCGUUAGUGAUUUUAACUCUGUUGUAUGCGUACAGUUGCAAAUGGUCCAGCGGAGUGUGCCGGUACCAAACUCCUCCGUGGUGAUUCCUUCAUCGGAGGACAUUUCAAAACUUCAAAAAUGCAAGAAUUUUGCCGGACCCUUGGAACCUCUGCACAAAGAUCCAAAGGGCCACUUAGCUGAAAAAUCUUUGAGAAAUUCUUGUACGAGGGAAACUCUGGGAUUUGUUUCCUCGGGUCGUUACUCGCUUUCUCGCGGAUGUGGGUUCGGUGUGGCAUUUUGUGUUCUUCCGGGUCUUGUAAAACUGUUAUCUACAUGUUCAACGAAAGAGUGCAUCGUGUUGGUACGAGGCCCUUCCAUACAGCAGUACAGAUUUGCUUAUUUGACCAUUUUGUGAUCCUCAAUGUCCCACUCGGAUCAUUACCACUUUUCAAAGUCAAAUCAUUGCGUUUUCGUUUUUCACCUUUUCAUUUCUUGUAAUCAUUUCGCGAAAUAGAUGGCAUAACAUUGGGUGUUCCGUGUGAAAUGGGUUUUUCAUAUUCAAAACGGAAAGGAUAAAAGUGGUCGGAUUUUGAAUGAAAUCUAGACGUAUUUAGCAGAGACAGAAUGUAAGGAAUGGCGUGUCGAAAAGACAUUGAAGAGGAACGUGGUGAUUAUUUUUGUUAAUCAAAGUUCUAAUGUAGUGGU